AUGGACCCAACCUGCUUUCUGUCAACAUCUCAGGCUGAUGGUGGGGGUGUGAUGGGUCUUCCAGCACAUGCCACCUCUGCCGGCCUCCUGAGUAAUCAGAUUCUCACAGUCAAGGGUGAUCAGGGUCAGGCAGGGCCUCCUGGUCCACCAGGGCCUCCUGGAGCACCGGGCCCAAUGGGGCCUCCAGGUAACACAGGCAAAGACGGACCCCAGGGCCUCACAGGACAGCCAGGCCUUCCUGGAGGAGAUGGAAAUGAGGGUCCAAGAGGGCCACCUGGUGUAAAGGGUGAAGUUGGAGAGCCUGGCGUAACUGGAAUUCAAGGCCCACCAGGGCUGAAGGGAGAUCAGGGUGUGCCAGGUGAUGAAGGAAAAAGGGGCAUGGAUGGAGUCCCGGGCGUAAAGGGAGAAAAAGGAGACACUGGGACUCCGGGACUACAGGGUGUUCCUGUUAUUACUGAGAACAUCGUGCAGGGUCCACCUGGCCCACCAGGGCCUCCUGGGGAGCUAGGAGAAAAGGGUGAGGCUGGCAUUCCCGGGCUACCUGGAUUAGAGGGCAUACAGGGUCCUCAGGGCGAAAAGGGAGAGGCUGGAGUAGCAGGAGAAAAAGGAGAGAUGGGUCAGCCUGGACCAGCGGGUGCUGAUGGGCAGAAAGGGGAGAAGGGAGACUCCAGGAUCGAAGACAAUCUGGCUCAGAUUAUCCCACUGCCUGGCCCUCCAGGACCACCUGGCCUUCAAGGCAUUAUGGGUUUUGCUGGAAUGCCUGGCCAAAAGGGGGAGCCAGGUGAGGCGAUAAAAGGAGAGAAGGGAGAAGUGGGAGAGACAGGUCCACCAGGGCCAAGGGGUCCUCAAGGGUUUUCUGGUGCUAAUGGAUUGGUGGGUCUACCAGGUGCCAAGGGCGAAAAGGGAAAACAAGGAGAACCUGGAAUUGAUGGUUUCCCAGGCCUACCAGGAACCAAGGGUGACAAGGGUGACCGAGGAGAAAAGGGUGAAAGAGGCUUAGUGGGGAAAAAGGGUCUAAAAGGACAGAAAGGAGAGCAGGGGCCUCCAGGACUGGACCAGCCAUGUCCUGUGGACCGAGACGGACUGCCAAUACCAGGUUGCUGGCAUAAGAAUGGCAGUUUUGAGAGUUCAGUUGAAAUAUACUUUGACUCACACAUGGACUGGCUAAGUGCAGGUUGGAUCCAAUAAAAGUGGCAGAUGUAAUUGAGGACAGCAUACAUAUAACAAUAUAUGCAUAUCAGCACAAGAUUAUAACCAGCGUUUCCCAUUGCCUGUGACAACAUAACACAGUAACCUAUGCUUAUCUGAAUUACCCAUCUUCUAAUGCCCCAAAGUAUGGAAACAAGACACCAUUUGUGGAGGGAUACCACUGGAAUACCUGUGAGGAGGCUCUAUGAUGGAGCAUGGGAUUACAAUUUGAAACUGGACUUCUGAAUAUUACAUUAGAAAAGAAAACCACAUAUUGUAAUCUGUUUUAAUAGUUAAAACCAACGCAAUGGUGGAUGUCACCAUUUACUUUGUACUGCUCUAAAGAGGACAAGAUGGUGUGCUUGAGGUUAAUCACCUUUUAAUGAACCAUUAAACAGAACAGUGAUGCUUGUGUAUUUCAGAUUAUGGGAAAACCUUGUAUUAUACAGCACUGUAAACAGAUGACAUGAAUUAUCCUUAAAAACCAGAAGAAAAUUAAUCAAUGACCAAAAGUAAACAAAGUGACAAAAAUGGCCUGUGUGUGGUUCCUUAAUACAUCUUGAAAAUGUAAUACAUUGCAUUGUUGACAAAGUUGGAUAACACAAAAGACUGUGUGACUGCAUGGCUAUUUUUAUUAAUCCUAAUAAUAUUUUUGAUACUGUGUAAAUAAUGUAUAGUUAUUUUUAAAACCUUGUCUGUAAGCAUUUUGCAUUUCCUGAUUGUGUAAGAUGAUUUAUUGAUAUAAAAUGUAAUGUGUGUAUUUUAGUCCUUAAUCUUUUACUUCA